AGCAUUUCUGGAAUGGACCAGGAGCUACUUCUUGAUUACAGGUUCCAGGCAGAGCCGGCCCAAGACAUUUUGCUGGUACUUCACUUCGAUAAGCUUCUGAACACUGGAACAUCAGGCUCUGGAGACUCCUCUGCAACAAGACCGCAAGUGCAAUGUUUUAAUAAGCCUGCAGAUUCUCAGUGUGACAAACCUGGAGGUAUUUAUUCCCAGUUCCAAGCUUUAUUAUCGCAACUCAACAAAUCCAACAACAAAUAUGCACUAAGUAAUGCCAACGGAUUGUUUAUAGCAACUGAGUUUCAGCUUGUUGUGCAUUACGAAGAUUGCAUUAAGAAGCUGUACAAUGCUAAUCUGGAAACAACUGAUUUUGCAAAAACCGAGGAAGCCAGACAGACAAUCAACUUACAGGUGGAAAGUCAAACACAUGAAUGAGAGCAAAAAUGUGCCAAUGAUGUUUCAGAAUGGAACAUUUAAGUUUGCCAGCAUUGAAAACCCAC